CAAGAACUACAGGGGAUGGGAAAACCAAACCGGGUGAACCAAACUGCUAUUUCAGACUUCCUCCUUCUAGGAUUCUCUGAACGGCCAGAGGAGCAACCUCUCCUGUUUGUCACCUUCCUGGGCAUGUACCUGGUCACUGUGAUGGGGAACCUGCUCAUCAUCCUGGCCAUCAUCUCUGACCCUCACCUCCAUACUCCCAUGUACUUCUUUCUGGCCAACCUUUUGUUAACCGAUGCCUGUUUUACUUCUACCUCAAUCCCCAAAAUGUUGGCCAAUAUGCAUACUCAGAGCCAGACCAUCUCCUCUACUGGGUGCUUUGCACAGCUCUAUUUUCUCCUUACAUUUGGUGGCCUGGACAACUUACUUCUGGCUAUGAUGGCAUAUGACCGCUAUGUGGCCGUCUGCCUACCACUUCAUUACAACACAGCAAUGAGUCCCCAGUUCUGUGCACAAAUGUUGGGCAUGUGCUGGGUGCUAACCAACUGUCCCGCACUGAUACACACGCUGUUGAUGACCCGCGUGGCCUUCUGCGGCCACAAGGCCAUCCCCCACUUCUACUGUGAUCCCAGUGCUCUACUGAAGCUUGCCUGCUCAGAUACGCGCAUUAACGAGCUGAUGAUCAUCACCGUGGGCCUGCUGUUCCUCACCGCUCCUCUCAUGCUGAUCAUCCUCUCCUAUGUCUGCAUUUCCUGGGCGGUGUUUGGCAUCUCAUCUCCUGGAGGGCGAUGGAAGGCCUUCUCUACCUGUGGUUCUCACAUCACCGUGGUACUGCUCUUCUACGGGUCUCUUAUGGGUGUGUAUUUGCUUCCUCCAUCAACACACUCUGCAGAGAGGGAAAGCAGGGCUGCCAUUCUCUACAUGGUGAUUAUUCCCAUGCUAAACCCAUUCAUCUACAGCUUGAGGAACAAAGACAUGAAGGAGGCUUUGGGUAAACUCUUUGGCAGUUGGAAGACUCUCUUCUUACCUGAAUACUACCACAGAGAGGUGGGAGCCACAUUUGGACAAGGCUUUGCAGAUGCCCUUGGUGGAUGGAACCUUCAGGAUGGCGGCCCCAAUGCGGCCAUAAGAGAUCAAGAUGCAUGGACAGUGACAGAUGAGAAAGAGACAUCAGAGAAGGCCAAGUGGCUGAGGAAGAAGUACAUGGGGGUGUGGAGGCGAGAGUCCAGCCUGAUGAGCAGGAUGAUGAGCAGGUUCCCCAGCACCGUGGUCAGAACAGAUGCCCUCAGGCAGUGGUCCCUAAACUUUGAUGUUCCACAGAAUCACCUGGGGAGCUUGUUAAAGAUGCAGAUCCCAGCUCCACCUCCGGAGAUGCUCAUCCAUGGGAUGUGGGGUCAGGGGAUGAGUUUGUACUCAGUGUGCAUGUCCAUCAGCAUCUUAGGGACAGUGACAGAUGAAAAAGAGACGUCGGUGAAGGCCAAGUGGCUGAGGAAGAAGUACAUGGGGGUGUGGAGGCGAGAGUCCAGCCUGAUGAGCAGGAUGAUGAGCAGGUUCCCCAGCACCGUGGUCAGCAUGAGGAGGGAGAACCGGAGCAGCGUGUCUGGGUUCCUCCUCCUGGGGCUCCCCAUCCGGCCAGAGCAGCGGGGCGUGGUCUUCGCCCUGUCCCUGGGCGUGUACCUGACCACGGUGCUGGGGAACCUGCUCAUCAUCCUGCUCAUCAGGCUGGACUCUCGCCUCCACACCCCCAUGUACUUCUUCCUCAGCCACUUGGCCUUCACCGACGUCUCUUUUUCAUCUGUCACUGUCCCUAAGAUGCUGAUGGACAUGCAGACUAGGUACAAAUCCAUCCCCUAUGCUGGGUGCACUUCCCAGACAUACCUUUUCAUACUCUUUGCUGAUUUGGAUAGGUUUCUGAUCACUUCGAUGGCCUAUGACAGGUAUGUAGCUGUCUGUCAGCCUCUGCAUUAUACCACCAUCAUGAGCCAGGGUGUUUGUGUCCUGCUGGUGGCUGGGUCCUGGGCUGCUGCUUGCCUUUGUGCCCUUUUGCACACCCUCCUCCUAGCCGGGCUGUCGUUCUGUGCUGAGCACACCAUCCCCCACUUCUUCUGUGACCUCGCUGCCCUGCUCAAAUUGUCCUGCUCAGACACCUCCCUCAGCCAACUGGUAAUCUUCACUGCAGGGUUCACAGCCAUUAUGCUUCCGUUCUCAUGCGUCCUGGUUUCUUACGGCCACAUUGGGGCCACCAUCCUCCGGGUUCUCUCUACCAAAGGCGUCUGCAAAGCCAUGUCCACUUGUGGAUCGCAUCUCUCAGCAGUGGCUCUUUACUAUGGGGCAAUUAUUGGUCUGUAUUUUCUUCCCUCAUCCAACAACACCAAUGACAACAACAUAAUUGCUUCAUUGGUGUAUGCAGUGAUCACUCCCAUGUUGAACGCUUUCAUUUAUAGCCUGAGAAACAAAGACAUGAAAGGGGCCUUGAGAAAACUCUUGAGUAAGAAAACGUAUUCUUCCAACUGGCGUUUACCCUCCUUUUGA